AUGUCUACCACACCAGAUUUCAAGUUCUUCAAGCUCUCGAACAUCGCUGAAUAUGUGGUUCACGUCGAGAUCAACCGCGCAGAUCGUCUAAACACCUUUACUCGUGCCAUGUGGCUCGAGCUGGAAGCUGUGUACCAACGUCUCUCAUAUGAUCCGGAUGUCAGAGUCGUCGUGAUGUCCGGUAUGGGAGACCGCGGUUUCUCUGCCGGUCUGGAUGUACACGAGGCCACCACGACCGGUAUUCUCAGAGAAGAUGCUGGUCUUGAUCCUGGACGAAAAGCAAAUCGCAUUCGAAGAGACGUAGAUGAACUUCAACGCUGUGUUGGAGCGAUUGAAAGAUGUGAAAAACCUGUGAUCUGCGUCUUACAUGGCCUUUCCAUCGGGUUCGCUCUAGACAUUGCAACCUCUUGCGACGUGAGAAUCUGUACUUCGGAUGUCACUCUGGCAGUCAAGGAAGUCGACAUUGGUCUGGCUGCUGACAUCGGGGUCCUGAAUCGAUUGCCAAAGAUCAUCGGAAGCUCAACCUGGAUCAAAGAUAUCUGCUACAGCGCAAGGAAUUUCGGUGCCGAUGAGGCACUUAGAGAGGGACUAAUUAGUCUUGUUGCUGCGGAUAAACCUGCCGCCCUUGAAUUGGCAUUCUGUAUGGCAAAGCUCUGGGCAGCCAAGAGUCCUGUUGCUGUGCAAGGAACCAAAGAAUUGCUUAACCAUAGUAGAGAAAAUUCGGUCACAAACAGUCUCCGCUAUACCAAAGUGUGGAAUGCUGCAUAUGUGCAGUCGCAGGAUGUGGGAACGGCGGUGAUGUCGUCUUUGCGUAGGGAGAAGCCUGUAUUCUCCAAGCUGUAGUUGAAACGUAUGUCGCGACUAUGUCCUACUAGAUACAGCAUAACAUUUUCCUCAAUCAUAUAGUCUCUCUCAC